ACCCCCGCCUCAGCGUGCGGAUUCAGUCAGCACCUCCUACUCCUGUAGGCGCGGCGCUGCUGCCGCGCGGGCCACAAAUCUCAUACUACAACGCGCGCGCCGUCAAGGGCGUGGGAGGCGGAGCGGCGCGAAUUGCAUCCUGGGAGCUGUAGUCCUCGCUCAGGCACCCUCGGAGCCGGGCGGGAGGUCUGCGCAAGAGCGGUGAGCGCCCAGAGGUGAAUUGCGUGACAUCUGAUUGGCUGUCCCGAAAGCGAAACCGUCUUGGCGGCCCUGGGCAGAGACCCAGGAGGAGACGGGGUGGAGCUUUGGGUGGAGAAGGUGGGGCCUCUGGGCUCUGGGCGCGAGCGGUUGAAAGACAGUUGGUGUCGGUUCGGCUGCUGCAGUCGGGUAUCGCCCGCCCAGCCCUUGUCGAUGGCCGAGCCUGAGGAGCUGCGGGCCUCUUCGCCGCCCCCGCCGCCCCCUUCCUCUCCCUCGUCUCCAGACGCCUCUUCAGCAUCCUCCCCUGACGCUCCGGCGAGUCUGGCUUGGCCAGUUCCGAGGGGGAGCAGCGGCCGAACCGUGGACCCUUUGGAGGCAGUGGAGCUGCAGAUCGGAGACGCAGCGUUUUCAUUAAUCCAGCUUCUUGAAGCCACAUCUGCAGUGUCAGCUCAGGUGGAAGAGCUUGCCUUCAAAUGUACAGAAAAUGCACGUUUCCUUAAAACAUGGCGGGAUCUCUUGAAAGAAGGCUAUGAUUCUCUGAAACCUGACGACUGACUUGUCAUGAUUGACAAGUUGUUUAAGUAACGGCCGUGUAAUAACUUUUCCUCAUAAGUGACGUUCACACAUGUAGGGGGUAAUCUCUUUCCAGCAGUUUUGUAUACUCAAUGAAAUUUUUCUCGGUUUUGUUUACUUUUAUGAAAGCAGAAUACUGACAUUUUCGAUGCUGGACAGUAUUUGAUGGCCCUUAUAUAUUUUCUGUCCUUUAAACUUUCAUAGAAUUCUUUAUAAAAGUUAAUUUCACCAGUAGAUAAUUGAUAUUAAUGCCACAUUGCUCCCAACAACAAACUAGGUAAACCAUUAUUUAUUCUGUGAGAAACAACUCCAGGAAUGCAAGAGUUUGGAGAUUCCGUGAAGUUCAACCUUAUUUUACGGACCAGAGUGGGAGAUAAGUUUGGUUAUGGUUCUUCUAUUGGCUGCAUCCCCUGGAGCCAGUGACUGUGUUUUAUUUACCGCUGAAUCCCCAACACCUGCAACGGUGUCAUACAAUACUAAAUGUUUGUUGAAUAAAAGAAUUCACAAACGCAAUUAAAAGCUGUUUUUUCUUCCUGAUUUUUAGCAGGAAGCCUGUGAUUGUUUCUCUGGUUUAAAAAAAUGUGUGAACCGGAACUUAAUUUAUUUGAAAGAAAACUAAAAAAAAAAAAAAAAAGUGAACUUUAUUGCUUUUGAAAAUGUAUUUUUUGCCCUUUUAUGAUGCUUUUUGUUAAAGGCCUAUACUUCAGAAAUUGUCUGGAAAGAAUAUGUAUUUUUCUCUAUUUCUAUGAUUAACUGCUUUUAUAGUUAGUAUUUCCUAUGUAUGAUGUUUUUAUAUGUUUGAUUACUGUUUUUAAAGUACCUUAUCAGAUUUAUGUUUCUAUGCCGUUACUUUGGGAGCUUUGCGAGUUGUUUAUAGAACAAUUCUAAAGAAGUUAUUUUGUUUUCACUGCAUCAGACUUAAAUGGUAUGAUUAUUUUCUUAUUAUUUGACCUUAGUGGAGCCCUGGUUGCAAGUGGUUAAGAGCUCAACUGCUAACCAAAAGGUGGGCAGUUCGAAUCCACCAGCCGUUCCUUGGAAAUCUUAUGGGGUAGUUCUCCUCUGUCCUUAUGGGCUAGUUCUCCUCUGUCCUGUAGGGUCUCUAUGAGUCGGAAUUGAAUUGACGGUGACCGGUUUGGGUUUUUUUUUUUGACAAUGCUUCAUUUUACUUGUCCCAUGUAUCAUGUUCGAAUCCACCAGGCGCUCCUUGGAAACUCUGUGGGGCAGUUCUACUCUGCCCUAUAGGGUCGCUAUGAGUUGGAAUCGACUCGACGGCACUGGUUUUGGUUUUUGUUUUGUUUUUUUAUAUAUUAUGUUGCUCUUUUUUUUUUUUCCCUUGGUGGUGUGUGUCACCUAUUAUUCCAGUGUAUAACUUCUGUAGCAUCUUUGAUAAAACCAAACCUGUUGCUGUAGAAUGGAUUGCGACUCCUAGCGACCCUGUAGGAUGGGGUAGAACUGCCCUACAGGGUUUCCAAGGCUGUAAUCUUUGUGGAAGCAGACUGCCACAUCUUUCUCCUGUGGAGCAGCUGCUGGAUUUGAAUAGCCCAGCCUUUGGUUAGCAGCAGAGCAGUGGAGCUGUGAAAGGGGACAAAUGGAUGGGCAAAGAAUAAGUUUUGUUUAGCAUAUUAGGUCACAGUUCUUAAUUUUUUAAGUUAAAGAUCACCCAUGUGAUUUCUAUGCCAAAGAACUGCUUGUUUCAAUAUUAGGAAAAUAUUUUUCUUACAUAUCUUAAAAUAGCAAUUUUUAAGUGUACAAAAAUAAACUCUUAUAAAAAACAAA